UACUUCAAGCCUAAGCGCGCGGUUCGAAAAUUCGUGUGACGUCACGACUUCUGGUCAUAAUAAACUUCGGAACGCAUGCAGUGGCUCUUUGCUGAUUGCUGAAGCUUCUUACGUUGUGCGAACGCUGAAGCAGAAUACUUUGAUUUUUUUAUGGUUUUAAGGUUGGAUGUAUUUUAGAGAGUUAUUAAAAUGCCGGGUAGAUGCUGUGUACCAUUAUGUAAGGGAAACUACCCAACAGGACCAAAAGUGUCUGUAUUCUCCUUUCCUAAAAAUGAAGAUUUGAAGAGAGAGUGGCUUUCUGCAAUCCAACGGAAAGACUUUUCACCCAAAAAGAGUUCAAAGGUUUGUGAAUUGCAUUUCAAGGAAAGUGAUUUUAAAGUUGAAGCUUCAGCAUUUGAUUCUAAGAAUGGAAUUUUAAUUUCUGCUCCACUUCAGGUGCGUAGAUUAAAAGAAAAUACAGUGCCAUCAAUAUUUAAGGACUAUCCAUCUGUAUACAGUUCAAAAAGUAGCACCAUUGUACGAGAAGAUCCUGAUGCAAAAAAAAACUGCCCGCGAGUGCCAUAAUUUACAGAAAGCAUUGCGUGAAAGCCUUAAAGAAUAUGAAAUGUAUAAUAAUGAUUUGAAAAUUAAUUGUUCUAAUGAUAUUUUGUCAUGUAUUGAUCGCUAUGGAAUAUCAGCAUUUUGGCAUGUAUACACAGUUCCAGAUACCUCAACUGUUUGCUUUAUUCAUAUUGUUUUUAGUCCUGGGCCAUCAAUUGAUUAUUCUGUAGUUGUGAAUGACAAUCAAGAAAUGUCUGUAUUUAUUAAAGAAAAAUCUAUUAUGCAAUUAUCUCCUUACACAUUCCCACAUAAAGUUACAAAUUUUAAUGAAAUUAGGACUGUUUUAGAUAAAUUGGCUAAUCUUCAAACCAAAGAGUUAAAUUCAAAAUUAACCAUAACAAUUGAUAUAAUUAAUGAAUUACUGCAAACUAUCUCUAACGACAAAAAUGAGAGCAUUAUUAAAUUUUUGCAAGACCAGAUGAAUCUUUUACUUUGCCCUAAAAAUAAUUUUAGAUACAAUCCUGAUGUACUAGUGUUAGCAUGCUUGUUAAAUACUAUAUCACCACAUGCAUAUAAAUUUUUAAGGGAUAGUGGCAGUAUUAUUAUGCCUCAUCCUUCGACUUUAAAAAAAAUUUGUAGCAAUUUAGUAUUGUCACCAUGUAAUGAAACUAUUGAUGAAAAUUUUUAUAAAUAUAUAUAAAAAAUCGUGUAACUUUCCUUGAGGAUCGAGAAAGAAAAGUGAUUCUUUUGGUAGAUGAAAUUUAUGUUCAGCCAUAUUUUGAUUACAAAGGAGGCUCUGUCGUUGGGGCUGCAUUUGAUUCUUCCAGUCCGGCAACCAGUGCAUUUGCUUUUAUGAUAUCCAGUUUGGAAUCUUCAUUCAAAGAGGUAGUACAUAUUAUGCCUGUUAACACAAUAAAUUUUGAAACAUUACAUUAUGUAAUUAAAAAAGUGAUUAGAGGUCUUGAAAAUAUGGGAAUUAUUGUUAUUUGUGUUAUUACAGACAACAAUGCAAUAAAUAGAAAAGCCAUGAGUUUGUUUUCAAAUCCACCACGUAAUUCAUUUGUUUACAAACAUCCAAUGAAUGGGAAUAGGCCUCUUUUCUACAUAAUAGAUGCAGUUCAUUUAUUUAAAAAUAUAAGGAACAAUUGGCUGAACCAGAAAAAUCCUGGUACAUGUAUGUUUUUUCCAAAUAUUGAAGAUCUUUCAAAGAAGCACUUCAAAACUGCUUCGUUUAUGUCUUUGAGAAAGCUACAUGAAAUUGAAAAUGACCAACUGAUUACAUUUUCUAAUGGUUUAACUCUAAAAAGUCUUUCACCUUCUAAUUUAGAGAAACAAAACAUUAAACUGGUUCUUAAGAUUUUCAAUAAAUUUACUAUUGAAGGUCUGAUUCAUUUGGGUCCUUUGCAUGAAAUACCACACUAUUCAGAUACAUCUGAGUUUAUAUCCAUAAUAUGCAAAUGGUGGGAUAUUAUGAAUGUUAAAACUAUGUUUAAAGGUAUACAUCAAAAGAGUGAAUUUAUGAAGCCAUUAACAGCAGAUGAUUCUGAUCCAAAAGUUAUUUUCCUCAAUCAGUUUCUUAACUGGUUAGAUGCAUGGGAAUCAAUGAAAUGUUCAACAGGCAUGCUUACAAAAGAAACUCAUGCAGCUCUCAAACAAACUACUUAUGGUAUACUGGAGUUGACUAGAUAUUGUGUUGAAGAGCUUGGAAUGAAAUAUAUACUUCCAGGAAAAAUUCAGACUGAUGCUCUUGAAGCCCGGUUUGGUAAAUACAGACAACUUUCUGGUUCUCAGUAUCAUAUUUCAAUGAGACAGUUAUUAGAAUGUGAAAAAAAAAUUAAGAAUACAAUCAAGUAUUAAGUUAGAAUUGAUUAUUAAAAAUACUACUGUCCCUUUAACAUCAUUUGAAUAUGAUGAUAAUCUUCAUGAUAUUAUAGAAUUAGAUAAUACAGUAUAUUACCCAUCAUUAAAUAUUACGGAGAGUGAUGUGAAGGGCAUUAGUAGCCAUCUGCCAGUUCUGACUUAUUUGGGUGGUUACUGUUGUCAUGCAGUUUUAAAG